AUAAAAAUAAAAAUAAAAAUAAAAAUACUGUAUUUUACUAUAAAUUUACUCAAUUUUAACUGUUUAAAAAAGUGACUUCACAGAAAUAACAGAAAUAUGUGUCAAUCUCUCUCCCUAUUAAUGGAUGUGGCUACACCAUCUCUCUCACUAUAAAUUAUAGUACAGUCGUAUCUGACGCACAGACUUGGUCUUCACUAUUUCUGCAACCACGUCUCCAAAAACAGACAAAAAUAAAGCUUGACACAACCCAUUUUCACCAUUAAACAAACUCUCUCAUUUUUUAACAAAGGAAAAGACACAACCCAACUUACUUUACUUGUUUGUGGCUCUUCCUCCUCCACUAGCCAACCAAAUAUGGAAGCUUUUACCUUGCUCAAGCACUGGAAAGGUGGUGGUGUCGCCGCCUUCCACGGCGGUGCAAAUGUGCGUUCCACCAACACCAACACCAACACCAACACCACUAAUACUUCUACGACGGUUGUCAGAACAACGGUGAGUCAUGAUCAGACGGCUAAGACUGAUGAAGAAGACGAUGAUGACGGACCGUAUAUUGAUUUGGAGUUUACUCAACCGGACGAGGAAGACGAUAAGGGAAGUAACAGCGUAGAGGAUGGAGAUGAAGAGAGAGAAGACGAUUUUGAGUCCGAAGAAACGGACGGUGAGAAUGAUGAGACAGAUUUUGAGUUCACGCCUUCAUCGAUGGAGUUCAACGGUUCUGAUUCAAACUCCAAGUCACAAUUUCAAGCGUCUCUUCUGAAAUCAGCUUCCAAGUUUCGAGCCAUGGUGUUGAAACUCAAGAAAUCGAAAUUCAGUGUCUCUGCUCCGGGCACUCCGAAACAAGCGGCACAAAAUCUAGAUUCACAGAGCAAGUUCCUCACCGGUAAUUUAAAAAUUGAAGAGUCCGGCGACAAAUCGGCUUCUGAUCAUGACAAGAGAUUCUCUGAAGAAGUGAAGCAGAGGUACUUGAAGAUCGUUAAACCUCUUUACGUUCGUGUUUCGAAACGGUACGGGGAGAAGCUGCGGUUUUCUGGACAAUCGCCGCCGUGCAAUGUGAAGAGUCAGAAACAGGUGAGUGUGCCGGCGGGACUGCGCGCGGUGCGUAAGCAUUUAGGGAAAAGCCGAUCUGCGUCGUCGGUGGUGGCGGCUGCGCCGACGCCGGCGUCGGAGCCUGUUACGUCAAGACGUCGAGACGAUUCGCUGCUGCAGCAACAAGAUGGCAUACAAAGCGCCAUUUUACACUGCAAGAAAUCGUUCAAAGCAUCUAGAGAUUCUUCGCAGGAGGAAGGUAAAGAGACAACAUUUGAGGUGGUCGGAGCUUGAGUUUGUAGGGAUCACCUAAAAUGGGGAAAAAAGAAAGAAGUGUACGUUGAUGAGAAAAAGUUUGUAGUCUUUUUCAGAUAUUCUUAUUACUUUAAGCCUUGUUCUUCGUGAAAGAAAAGACGUUUUAAAAAGAGAAGAAAGUAUGGGUUAGAUGUUAGUGAUGAUGACCACCUGAGUAAUUUAUUUGGCCUGUAAAGUUCUUAUUUAGCUUAUCUUUAUGUGAAAAUGGAAGAAGAUUCAGAUCUCUGUAUCUAAAAUGAUCCAUCCAAAGCUGAUAUCAUACUCUUUCCCUUGCAACUUAUCAGUCUAUUUUCCUAUUUUAACCCUGUAAAGGUGAAUUUUUCCCUUUUGAAAUGCUCAAAUUAUUGUGGAACUUUUUGAAAAAUUAAAAAGUAUCCAUACAUGUACUUUAAUUCCUUUGGAC